GAAUCUGGAGCAUAAUUUAGUUAGCAUACAACUGUCGAUGCAAUGAACCUUUGCUCGAGCCCGGUACCCGGACUAGCAAGACGUAUAUUUGCCGGAACGACAAGGACUUCGCCCGCCUAGAGGACAGUGUACUAGAGAGGUUCCUAAACCUGUGUGUCUCGGUCGGCCGCGCGUGAUCGCUCGCGUCAAUCGAUUUGCUCCCUCGGUAUUUUUUCUUCUUUUUUAUUUUCUUCUGCUUACCCCACUAGAAUCCAGCACCGAUGCUUUUCACUGGUGCCAACAACGUAGUAAGGAAGAAUGAAUGAAUUGUUCCACACAAAGAAAUCCUGGGAAAUUCUUUUCAUAGACUGACGGUGGGAAAAGUUUUUCUUUCGUUAUUUAGAAUGGUCGAGCAAGAUUCGCCCAUUAUGGAGGACAAGUUUAUGGUAACAGUGACUCUGACGAAGUAAAACUAAUCUAGAGUUGUGAAUUGAGAAUGUUGUACCUCGGCUAUACAUGAGCCGUUGUACAUAACGAACUCUGCCAGCCUGUAUUGAAACCCUAUAUAUAAAAAGUCCUCUGUGUGCAUUCUGGAUGCAGUAUAAUUAAUUAUUAAACAGUCUCUACACAGUGCGCCAACCUUUCUUCCGGAAAGAGUAGUUCCGUUUUGUCGGCAAAUGUGCAGCAACGGACAAACGACAAAAGCAGGAGCAACGAAAACAAUGGCCAGGCGCUCCUCCCGACAGCGCUCCUUUAAAGGAAAGUGUUGAUUGAGACCACAUGUGCGUGUUCAUAAGCUUGUGUACAAGUGUGUGGGUGUGUAAAUGUUGUAUUUAUUAAAGAAAGGCCAUCCAUCGUGUUGUUAGUAGGGUGGGUUCGAACGCGCGGGUGCCACAUUGGAGGAACGGUGGAGCUAAUUACUGGUCUCUCCACUUCCCCCACCGCCCGCAGCUUUUCCAGCUGCGUUGUCUUAACGGCAUCGAUUGUUUUCCCGGUUUAUUAUGUCGUUUGUGUGCUAGUAUUGGUCAGAGUGAAGAAGAUAACCUUGCUACCUGACUGAUAAAUAAUGUGUGGAAGGUGUUUACGUGCACUGGGCACUGGAAAGUGAGGUCGCGUUUUGUAACGCAGGAAAAUAGAACCGACAAUCCUCUCGCUCCACCUGGGGAGGAAUCCAAUGAAACGAGAAUCCAUCAACUGAAGAGAGGUGCUUCUUCGAUUGCAGACGCUAGCGAAGGCGCACGGGUCACAUCUCUGGAGAAGUGUUUUUCGCAGCUCUUCUUCGUUGGAAUGAGAUAAUUGUUCCAUUCGCGUUCCCUUCGGAGUAAUCGGAUGGAUUCGAACAUGCAUCGUUACCAUGUUGACCCAGAGCGAAAUUCUUUACGAAACUCGACUCAUCUCGUCACUGCCAGCACCAUAAUUAGCGAACGGAAAGUGUUCACUUAUCGUAUCGUUGUAACUCCACUGGCAACCCAUCCAUCAGCGUAAGCUUUCCCUAUGCUAAGAACAACAGAACAUUAAAUGCUCUGCUUCCAAUCGCAAAACGAGCCAAUUAAGUACGUGUAACAUGAGCCAAACUAAAAAGUUGAACGCAAUCAGUUCCAAAAAUCGUUCGGAGGAAAAGUCCUGUCGUAGCCAAAAGUGGAGCAAGCGGAGGCGACGGAAAUGGAUGCCACCGUCCAGCAGUAACGCGAUACCGUUCCGAUAUUUUUAUCUGUUUCUGCUGCUGCGAAUAGCCGUGGAGGCGGCCAAGAGUUCCUCCGCCGGUGGCGGAGAGAAAAGUCAUGUACAGCAACGUUUCGCAUUGGAACCUCAGGAUCAGACAGCGGUGGUUGGAUCGCGUGUUACGCUGCCCUGUCGAGUGGUGAAUAAGUCCGGACAGUUGCAGUGGACGAAAGACGACUUUGGCCUGGGCACGCACAGGGAUCUUAGUGGCUUCGAACGGUACUCGAUGGUGGGAAGCGACGAAGAGGGAGACUUUUCGCUGGGCAUCUUUCCGGUCAUGCUGGAUGAUGACGCAAAGUAUCAAUGUCAGGUUGGACCUGGGAAGAGAGGCACAGCCGGAAUAAGGUCCCGUUUUGCAACAUUAACUGUGUUGGUGCCACCCGAGCCACCCCAAAUUGUGCAAGGAGAUUUUAUGGUCACAACGGAAGGCAGGGAGAUUGAACUCGAGUGCGUGUCGGUUGGAGGACGACCUGCUGCAGAGAUUACCUGGAUCGAUGGGCUCGGUAACGUGCUGACAGAUGGGAUUGAAUAUAUGAAAGAAGCACUCCCUAAUCAGCGACGAUUCACAGCCAAGUCGAUACUGAAGCUAACACCCAAAAAAGAACACCACAACACGACCUUUUCUUGUCAGGCCCAAAACACUGCAGAUCGUACCUACCGAUCAGUUCGGCUGAAACUUGAGGUGAAGUUUGCUCCAAAGGUUGAGGUUGAACUCAUGAACGGGGAUGACGCCGGUAGAAUUCCUCAGGGAGGUGAAGUUCGACUCCAUUGCCACGCCGAUGCCAAUCCUCCCGAUGUCACUUACAAAUGGUACAUCGGUAAUGAGUUGAUUGUCGGAAAUAGCUCGGUUGAUCUGGUUAUCGCUAAUACUUCUAAAAAGUUUCAUGGUGUAAUUGUGGAUUGUGAAGUUCGAAAUGCGGUGGGGAAGGGCGAAGCUGGUAAAACACUGGAUAUAAGAUAUGGACCCGUCUUUCGAAGCUUGCCAACAUCCGUCGAAGCUGAUUCGAAUACCGGGGUAACACUGAUAUGCGAUGUGGACGGAAAUCCUCCGCCGGAUAUUGUUUGGAUACAUGAUGAGAGCGGUCGGGUUUUGUCCACAUCGGCCAAUCUAACCCUAACCGUUACACCUAUCAACGCUGGCCGGUAUUUCUGCAAGGCGUCGGUUCACGGCUUCGCAGAGAUAGCGGCGGAGGCAUUCAUCUAUCUCAAGGGACCGCCGAAUAUCAGCUCGCCACGACAGCAGUUUGGCACCGUCACCGACACCGGCAUGCUCGAAUGUGAAGCAUUUUCCGUUCCGAGGGCGAAACAUAUCAUCUGGGCACAUAAUGGUCGCGAAAUUAACACCAGUGCCGAAAACGAAUACACCGUUGUCGAGAGCCACCAACCGGAAGGUGUCAAGUCGACAUUAAUCAUUCACAAUAGCCAGCGGCAACACUUUGGUGGCUACAACUGCACCGUCAUCAACGACUAUGGAAUCGAUUUUGUGGAAAUUGAUUUCGUUUCGAAAGAAAAUAUUUUAUUACCAGUCAUCAUUUUCGGUUCCCUCGGUGGACUGACACUUUUAAUCAUCAUCAUCGUGACGACGAUGUGCUUUAGAGGUAGAAAGGGCAGAAAGAAGCUCCCGCCGGCGGAUGUGAUACCGAAGCAGCACAUUUCCGAAAAGGAUUGUAAGGAGCUGGAACGACGAACGUCGAAUGCUGGUGACCUGAAACUAGAUUGUGAUAAUGAAUUCAUCGAAACCUGCCUCGGACCAGACGGAAUGACGACCCAGGUGAACGUAGUUCUCGGUUCGAGUGCAACAAUCGCCAACCAUAACAGAAGUGGACCAAGCGAUGGAGCCGCUUCGGUCGGAAGCUCGGUGAAAACAUCGAGCGAUUAUCGAUUUUCCGGUGAUUUCACCGAAAGCUUGUGUCAACCAGCCAACAAGAGUGGUGGCAGUAACAGCAACAAUGGUCACGUUCCGUACGUGGAUUACUCACACGAUUAUAGCCCACCGGCUGCACAUUUGAUCCAAUUCCGAACGAGUACCAGUAGCAGUAAUAUCAACAGUAGCAUAAGUAACCAGAAUCAAACUUGUGUCAACAGUAGUGGACACAUGACUUUGGGUCGCCCUCGAUUGUCGGAGCUGAGGCAGGAUAAAGCACUUCCAAGCAUUCAGGGGAAUCUUUGCUCUCUGUCUAAUGGAAUAAUCAAGCAACCAGCUCUUCGGACAAACGUACCAUUCGAUAGCAGUUACAGCAGUCCAUACAUGCGUAGCAACAGUACCAGUUUUACCUCGAUCCCACCGGCCACUGCAAAUCUGGCGAUCACUCCUGCCCCUCCGCCGUACAAUGUGGCCACGCGAUCUUCGCAUGGCUUCAACGGUGGUGGUGCGGCCACCAUUUCCUUGGGUUACAGCCCGGGAGCAGCAGGAACCGAUUCAACAAGUCCGAUCUCGCCCCAAUCCGGUUCACUUUCGCUUUCUCAAACGUCCCACCCCGGCGGCGAACAGACUGGAGGAGCUGCCACUACCUGCAGCAACAGUAGCCAUCAUCCGGGCAGCCCUUCUGCAGGUCAAUUUAUUCUUCCAAGCAGUGGAACCGUCAAACAACAUCAACACCAAGCAACGCAUGUGUGAGUUAACCUUGCAGAGUGAAAUCGAUUCUGUAAUAAUAAUUAGCAUAAUCAGUUUAAGUCAGAUAAGUAGUGUCUAAGAUAUACGAGCUGUUAAAAGGCCUUAUUUGGAUUCAGCAAUAGAAAAUAUUGUAUGAUGUACGUAGUCAAUGAAUAGUUCGAGUGACUAAUGUGUUCACCUCCCAAAUUGGAGGGAAGAUUUAGUUGAAGUCCUUGUCAAAAUUAUUACACUAAAUUAAUUACACUGUACGCUGAAAUCUACAUAUCUUCGGGAUAAGCUAAAGAUGAAAAGUGACCGAAUUAGUGGUUAGCGGCCUCAGUACAAAUUACACUUGUUGUGAGCAGGGGGGACAAGGUCUAUCAAAUCCGAGGUCAAAUCUCCGCCUUUGAAAAGUCGGAACCCUCUAUUUCAAAAAUCAAGGCGGUUUUACACUGACAACCAUUCAAAAAAGUCACAGGAAGGUUGUGUGCGAGACACGACCGCAUAUUUGACUUAGAAUCCGGUUAGGCUAUGAUGUUGGAUAUGUUGGAAAAAUUACAUCGGUAAACUCUUUGAUUAUGAUUUGGUGGUCCUGAAAAGGGCCGUUUUGUUUGGUAUUGUUUGUUCAGUUUCACUGUUUGUAUUUACACCAGUGUUCACCGAGUGAUGGUAAACAAUCGUUGGAUGGUGCGUAUCUGAUAAAAGAUACCGAAGUGGAACGAGAUAUGAUGAAAACCGCCCUCUGUGAUCCUAGACGAGAUGCCUCCUGUGUUAUGUAUGGAUGAAAUAAAGAAAAAAUAACUCACCAAUGUAAUAUAUGAUAAUUACCAAUACCCAACACAAUUAUCAUUUUUUCUCAACAGUAAAAACAUGUUACUUUAACAUAGAGAAAACAUAUUUGACAUGGAAAACACUUAUACUAUACUACAUGUAGAGCACAUGGGAAAUCAAUUUUUCUAAUAUUUCUUCACUUUUCCAAUUUUUCUCGCCGUAAAAAUUUUCCUUGGGUGAAAAUGAACACAACAAAACAGACAGUUUAAACCGAACGACCCGUUCUCGAGGGGGAACGCACCUUGGUUUUUAUUUACGAAAAUUGAAAUAAAUCGUUUCAUGUCAUUUUUAAUACAACUGCUACCAUAUACAAUUUUACACCUACACUUGUGCUAAAUUUUUCACAAUAUACGAUCGGUCAUUGAUAUGAAAUUUCACGAAGCAACCAACAUUAAAGUUCCAAAUUUAAAUUUUAUUUGCUAGAAUUAAUCUAUCACUCACCUUACUUGCAAUAUAAAAAUGCCCCCGACUUGCAUAUAUUUGCAAUGCUGAUUUCCCCCAGACUGCUUGGUUUUGAUGUCUCUGUUAGGGAACCGCCGCAUGUGUCGUCAAUUUCGACCAAUUAAAAGAGAGUAUUUCCGUAAGGAUAAGGGUUGAGAUUUUUCAAUUGUUCGAUAGUUAGUUUCAUGACAUAUAUCGUAAGUGACCCACUUUUCAUCGCCAGUCACCAUCCGCUUCAGAAACGGGUCGAUUUUGUUGCGAUUCAGCAGCGAUUCACAUGCGUCGAUACGGUCAAAGAUGUUUUUUUGCGUCAACGUGUGUGGCACCCAUACAUCGAGCUUCUUUGUGAAUCCAAGCUUCUUCAAAUGGUUAAUAACGGUUUGAUGACUUAUCCCCAGCUCUUGGCCGAUGCUACGGUUGCUACUAUGCCGGUCUUUCUCGGCUAAUUCAGCGAUUUUGUCGCAAUUUUCGACGACAGGCCUUCCGGAGCGUGGCGCAUCUUCGACGACCUCUACACCAGAACGAAAACGUUGAAACCAUCGUUGUGCGGUGGAAAUGGAAACUGUAUCGGGUCCAUAAACUGCACAAAUUUUAUUGGCAACUUGAGAUGCAUUUUUGCCUUUGUCAUAGUAGUACUGUAAAAAAUGUCGGAUUUUCUCUUUAUUUUGCUCCAUAUUUGCGACACUAUAACUCACGAACGACUCAACCAAAUAAAACACUGUCAAGGACUAUAUUAUAGUGCGCAAAAAUACCUUUCCAACAAGCUAUAGUAUAACUCUAUACAAUGAAUACAACUAGAACUACGCGAUUACAACGACACCUCGCGGAAAUACCGCAGGACUUUUUUGACAGCCUAAUAUUCUAUCUUCGAUUAGGGAUGCCAGAUAUUUUUCUCUAAUAUCCUCGCACGGCAUAUGGAGAUGUCUUGUGAUGUCUACACUCGUGGAUGGCUUAUGUUCUUGUUUUCAAGAAAACUAUCUCUAAAAGUAAGGAUGCUAUGCCAGCGUGCAAAACAAUAUAACAACAAUUUCGUUUAGAAACUAUUUGUUUUAAAACAGUUUUAUUUGCAUACAAACAUACAGUAUGUUUGUAACCUGUCUGUAGCGCUGUCCCACAUUAAUAGGUAUUUGACCCCCUCAUGUUGACCGAUUGAUCUGAAAUUUGGAACAAACCUUUAUCCAUGCAGUCAUUAUAAAACUGCGUAUUUCAUGAUCUUGAAAAUCCAAGAUGGCGACCGCUCCAAAAUGGCGGAUUACAUAUCUUCUCAAAACCUCAUCAUUAUGGGUUUUUCUAAAAUCCCAUCAAUAAGGGUAUCAAAUGAAAGGGCUCGACUAGUAGAAUACAGUUGUUUGUGGAAAAUUCAAAUUCAAAAUGGCCGCCCCACGAAAUGGCGUCAUAUAUAUAUUUUUUUUCAAAAAUCCAUCAAUAUGGGUAUUGAAUGAAAGGGCUUGACUAGUAGAACACAGUUAUAUAUGAAAAAUUUAAAUCCAAGAUGGCGGCCUCCACAAAAUGGCGGAUCACAUAUUUUAUCAGAAUUCCAUCAAUAUGGGUAUCAAAUGAAAGGGCUUGAUUGGUAGAAUACAGUUAUUUAUGAAAAAUGCAAAUCCAAAAUGGCUGUCACCACAAGAUGGAGCAAUAUGUAUAUAUUUUUCAAAAACUCAUCAAUAUGAGUAUCAAAUGAAAGGGAUUGACUAGUAGAAUACAGUUAUUUGUGAAAAUGCAAAUCCAAUAUGGCGGACCCCCCUCUUUAAGGGGGGAGGGGGUGGUGCUGCCAUACAAACGAAACACAAACUUCUGCAUAACUCGAGAACUAUUCAAGCACAAUUUGAGAUGUGAGGGUUUUUAGGUAUGAGAAAUGUUUCUAUAACGACACCCCUCUCUCCUCUGGAAUGGAGAGAGGGUCCCAUGAAAAUAUUACACAUAUUUCAUCCAAAAAUACUCCAACCAAACAUGACAAUUGAAAAUUUUCGGAAAACUCUGAAGGAAAAAGAGAAAAUUCUGAAAAUUAAAUUCCCAUAUGUUCUACAAUUACAUAGUGACAUGUGCUAUUAGUCCAUUUGAUGUUUGCGCUAGCGAAAUUGAUGUUUGUUCGAAACUGGAAAUGGAUUUUAAUGUGAUGAAACACACUCCUAUAUCUUCUUCUAUCUAUACCGAUAAAAAAGUAUCGCCGAAUGUGUUGAUAAGAGCAGAACUCGAGCAAGGAAUUGUUCGAUUAAAGGCUGUCAUAAUUCUAUUAUAUUUUCUGUAUAAAAAACAGGAAGUGGGUUAUAUCCAUGGUAUAACCGCAAGGGUGACGUAGGACUAUCGUUGAUUUAGAGAUCAUUUGAUUGAAGUUGAAUCUGAAUUCAUUCUGAAUGAAUGAAUAUUUGAGUUACGUUACGUUGGAGGCACAAGGUUUUAUGCAUCCAAUAUUGGAUACGGAAAUAUCCUACUGAUGGGGAAGAAUAAUUUUCAGAAGCUAUCCUGUUAAUUGCGAUUGAUUGAAAAAUCACAAAACCAAAUGUAUUUGAUUGCAGUGUUAUAUGGAUAGAAAACAUUAGAAUAAACUAUUUCGCAUCAAUGUAUUUUUCAAUUCCCAGGGGAACUGGCAGAGUAUUAUUCAGCAACGAUUAAUUCUUUUCAGAUUUUCCUCGAUACUCGAAGCCCACCAGUGGUUAAUACUAACUCGAUAACCACCUGUUAGUAGCAUUUGAUUGAAAAAUAUUUGGUCGCAGUGUUACAUGGAUAGAAAACAUUAAAAUAAACUCUUUCACAUGAAUGUAUUUUUCGAUUCCCAGGGGAACUGGCAUAUUAUUUUUCAGCAAUGAUUAGUUCUUUCCAGCCCUCCAGUGGUUAUUGCUAACUCGAUAACCACCUGUUAAUAGCACUUGAUAGGAAAAUAUUUGGUCGCUGUGUUAUAUGGUUAGAAAACAUUAAAAUAAACUCUUUCGCAUGAAUGUAUUUUUCAAUUCCCAGGGAACUGGCAGAUUAUUUUUCAGCAACGAUUAGAUCUUUCCGAAAUUUUCUCGAUGCUGAAUGGCGUCCAAACGAAUAUAUUCCUUUCAGUUUGGUCUGUAAAAAACUUUUCUGAACUCUUAUCCAUCAAAUUUGGAGCCCUGAAAAGGGCAGUUGAUUUUAUGCUAAGCUAAUAGCACGCUCUACUCGGAUACGAUGGACCAGCUGGAUGUCCUUGGGCAUGAUGUGACGCGUUUUGCAUGGAUAGCACACAAAUUGUUAUUUUCGAAUAGGCCUCCUGCAGCAUCAUAACCGCGGAACUUUGGAAGCGCAAAUCGGUUUUGAAGUCCUGAGCAAUUCCACGAAUCAAAUGCUGCAAAGGUAGAUUGCGGAUCAGCAAUUCGGUCGACUUCUGAUAGCGAUAGACGAAUUUCAGCAAAGUUCCCGGUCGAUAGCGAUGUGGUCUCCCCGCGGCUGGUACACUUAUCCGAGCUGCUUUCGUGGUGCCUUACCACCGAAAGACUAACAAGCUGUGUGCUUGGUCCCACACAAACGAGUCCUCACGGUGCGAGAGUAGAGUAAGAAAUGAACGAAAGCAAAGAAAGUGUCAUUUUAUAAACCAUAAAUAUUCCGAGGAAAAUUAGGUAAGGCUUUAUGUUUUCCUUCACGAUGAUCAAGUAAACAUUCUGAUUCAUUACACCAUCGAUGGGAUAUAAUCGAGGAUUCCAGUUUUACCAAGAAAAUUACCCAGAGCAAAUUGCUUAAUUACAAUUUUUUAAUGAUUUACAAUCUGGCAAUCAGGAUUUCCGUUUCAUAUUUCAAGUCAUUUUUAACACAACUUCUACCAUAUACAAUUUUACACUUAUACUUGUGGAGGCGAUCUGGCGUAGUGGUAACAUCCGUACCUCUCACGCUAAAGGUCACGAGUUCAAAUCUUACUCCCGACAUUCUUCCAAAAAGGAAGUGGAGUGACGAACCAGCCAAAAGUGUUAUAAAUCACUAUAAUACAGAAAGAAAACAAAAU